AGAGCGAGAGGCUGAACGGCGAGGCGGCGGAAGAUCAGCGACUGCUGGCGUGAACAUGGCGGAGACCGUACGCUCGCUCUUCGAAUACCGGGACCCGCACUGCCUGGACAGCGACGGAGAGGGCUUCAAACCGGCGCCGCCGCUCCGGGGGCGCGGUUGUGGAAGGAAAAGAAAAGGGACACCCGUGAAAGUCUUUGUUACACACACAGAGGAGGAGAGCGUGCCCGAACACAGCUUCAACCCAGGUGAUCGGAAGGAAGCAGGAGAGAAUAAGCGGCCGGCGCUGGACGGGCCUGUCCGCCCCACGGAGCCUGCUCCUCACACCGACAGUACAUCGGAGCAGGCUCCUGACAAAGUCACUAAUGGGUCGAAGACCAACCCUUGCUCGGCCUCAACACCAGCUCCGGCUUCCUCCUCGGCUCCAACCUCAACGCCGCUCCCGGCUCCCGCCCUGGCCAAGGCGGCGUCCCCUCAGGCCCCGUCCCUGACUCCGGCCUCCACGGCCCCGGCCGCCCCGGCGGCCUCGGCCCCGGCCCCCUCGGCCAGCUCCUUCCCGCCCUCCCCGAACUGCCGCAUCCGAGAGGUCCACUGCGGCAGCCAGGUCCGCCUGGUGGUGAUCGCCAUCCGGGACAUCACCAAGGGCGAGGAAAUCACCGUGGACUACAGCCUGACAGAGUGGGGAGAAAACCUGGGUUUCCGCGGCACUGUGUCUCCGGCGCAACACGAGUGUAACUCCGACGCCGAGAACAACAACAAUAUCAAGAAGGAGGAGGAGGCCGCCUCCCUGACGGCGCCGCAGCCUCAGCGGCAGCAGCAGGACUUCGUCACCCCCUCCUGGUCCCUGUCGCCCUCCUCCUCCCCCAUCUCCCACUCCGACGCCAGUGACUCCGACGCCGGCGACGAGGACAACGCCGGCCCUCGCGGGCACGCCCCGCGCCGUCGGAAGAAGCGUCGCGGCACCCCCUCAAAGAAGAAGACCCCCCACCGAACGCCGCCCGGACGUCCGCCGGCGGCCCCCCUCUCCAGCGCUCCCCACCACAACCGUCCGCUCCCUUCGUCCCAGGCCCCGCCCCCCUGCUCGCCGGGCUCCUCCUCCUCUUCAAUCAAACCCGUGUUCAAGCCUCCAGCGCCACUCGGCGGCGGCGGCGGCACGGGGAACGCUCCCCCGAGCACCCCCAAAGGAGCAGUGUCCAUCGACUCGAUGCGCCAAACCUGUGAGUACUGCGGGCGCCACUUCCGCUCCCUGGGCCGCCACUUAGACAAACACCACGCCCACCAGCCCGAGGUGUGCUCCGCCCUGGUGGAGCGCUACACGCAGAUGCCCCGCCUGCAGGCGCCGAGCUCGAACCCCAGCGCCGCUCACACGCAGACGCAGCAGCAGCCCAAGAUGCUUCACUCCACGGGGCAGAGCCGCAGCGCCGAUCCGCCCCAGAGCGGCGUCCAGGACCUGUCCAUGUCUCCGCCCACUCUCACCGCCGCCCACCAUUCCCCCGCCUCCUCGGGCGGGAACUGCACCCCUCCGGUGCUGAGUCCGCCGCGGGGACAGAACGCCGUGCCCGUGUCUGUCCUGAAGAGGAGCCCGCCCCCCGUGGCCAUGGCGCAGUCCAAGAAGGGAGCGGCGAGGAAGCUGAAGAAGGAGCGGCAGGCGGAGCAGGCGGCGGCCGAGGAGGACGAGGAGGACGUGGAGGUGGUGGAGGUGAAGGACGCGGAGAUGAUGAGUCCGCAGUCCUUCGGCAGCAAGUCGGCCAAAGAGAUGGAGCUACCAAAGGAGGAGGAGGAGGAGGAGGAGGAGUAUGACGAUGAGGAGGACGAGGAGGAGAACGGAGUGAUGGAGGUGGACGAUGAGAGCGGACCGGAGGAUAAAGACAAGGACUUACUGAGCGGCUCGGGCCGUCACCACAUGCUGCCCCUCCUCUCGUCGCUGUCCUCCCUGGUGCUGUACCUCCGCCGGCUGCAGCACUCGGCCUUCCUGUCGCUGUCGCGGCAGCUGCAGUCGGCCGAGGCGUGGCGCCUGCUGUGCCACUCCAGCCUGGCCCUCCUCAUCCUAUACAACCGGCGGCGCGAGUGCGAGGUCUCCAAGCUGUCCAUCGCCGAGUACCGCUCCCGAGUGACCCCUCAGUGCCCCGUCCCCGUCCCCCCCGGCGCCCCCCCGGCCCUCACGCCGCUGGAGGCCUCCCUCUCCCCCUUCGAGCGCCUGGUGCUGCCCCACCUGGCCCGGGUCGGGGUGCAGGGUAAACGGGGGCGCGUGCAGCCCCUCAUCCUGCCCCCCCACUGCGAGCCCUGCCUGGAGCUGCUCCUGCAGACGCGGCAGGACGUCGGGGUGGACCCCACCAACCCCUACGUCUUCGCGCGGCCCUACCACUCCCCCGCCACGCCGCUGCGCGGCACCGACCUGCUCCGCAGCCUGGCCCGCUCCAGCGGCACCCGCAACCCCCGCGCCCUCACCCAGACCAGGGUCCGCCGCCAGGUGGCCAUCCUGACCCAGCUGCUGCUGCUCGGGGAGGGGGAGGAGCCCGGGCAGCCGGGGGGCAGCGCCGUGGAGAGGCUGGAGCACUUCCUGGAGAGGGAGUACCACGUGACGCAGAACUGCGCCGGCAUCGGCCAGGACCCGGGGCUGAUGGGCCGGGUGGGCCGGGUGGUGCUGUGCGGCGAGAGAGACGGAGUGCUGUUCCGAGGAAUGAGCCUCAACCACAUCUGCCUGGAGCUGGACGUCAUGUCCGGAAACUCCGCCGACUCCUACUCGGAGGGAGAAUCUGAAGGGGAACACGUGAAGGAGAAGCCCGAGCCGCCGGCGCCGCCGCCCGCCCUGACCCCGACGCCCACCCUGCUGUACGUCCGCAAGGGCAAGAACAACGGGCGGGUGGGACGGCCCAAGAAGCUGAAGAACAUUCAGAUGCCCACCCAGCAAGCUCCAACCCCGCCUGAGAGCCGCAGGAGAGGCUCAGGAAAACGCGGCGUCCUGAAGCGGCCCUGGUCGGAGGCGGAGCGCGCGGCGGUGGAGGAGCACCUGACGCAGAACAUCAACGAGCUGCGGGUUCCCGCCAAGGCCGACUGCGAGCGCUGCCUGCAGCAGUGCCCCCUGCUGGUCAGCAACCACCGCGACUGGCGCGCCAUCAAGUUCUACUGCCACAACCGCAUCCAGCUGCUGAAGAAGAACCAGCGGCGCGACAGCGACCCGCAGCCGCUGACGGUCUGCUGAGGGGGGUGGCGAGCGCCGUGCAGCCGAUCGGAGCGGAAUCUUAACCGGUCCCCCCGCCGCCCACAAAAUGCACUAUUCCGAAGAGGACACUCCUAAAUUCGACUCCACUCUCUGGCAGCGUGGUUCGUCUCUGACUCCUGAUUCGACACCUGAUGGCAUUUCAAACGCUGAGCCAAACAAGAACAGGAAAUUCCGGUGAUCUGUUGUGCUGCUUUAUUUUAAGGUCUUAAGAUUACACUAGAGGACGCUCGGUGCUCCCGGUGCGGACGGUUAUCCCGAGGGACUGACGCAGCGCCACUGUGCACGAACGUUUCCUUUUUUUUUUGUCCUUCCAAAAAGUGAUUCACACUAAACUGAAAUGUAAACAGAGACAUCUAAUCCCUACAGUGUUGUUAUAUGAGCGUUGUGAAGUAGCAUUAGUGUUUCAUGCACUCGGUCAAUAGGACGAAUGGCCGCCGCCUCGGCCACACUUUGCUUCAUAGCGGCUUUAUAAUUAGAGUAGGCCUAACUACUGCUAACCCAGAAGAACACUUCUUCUUUUCACUCGACUGACUGUGCAAUUCUGACUUCGGUUUCAUGAUAUUUGGACCUUAAAACAUGUGCGAGGUACUAGAUGGCGAUCGAGUUUCGAUUUUCUGUUAUUUCUUUUUUAAUCGUUGAGAUGAAAUGCGUUGUGACAACAAAGAUCAUUUUUGGAGAUCGUUGUGAAUUAAUGAAAUGGCGACAGAAUGUUUUAAUCUUUGAUUCCCUAAGAUGUUCAAUUUCCAGAGACGUUGAGCGGCGUGGGGCGUGUUGUUUCCCGUUUGGCGACCUGUAAACAAAUGAGAUGUUUGCAGCUUCAUAUUCCCCUAAGAAAAGAAACGGUAUGUCCAUGUUAGUAGUUGUUGUUUUGUUUUGUGUGUUUUUUUGCCUGUUGCACAUUUUUCCAUUGAAAACAGUAAAAAGGUGCUAACAGGCCAAACGCUGGAUAUCACUUUAUGUGUGGAGAGGAGACUUUCCCCCCCUUUCGCGUGUUAGAAGUUACUGAACGACUGGGCAUUUUAUCAGAGAGGUCAUUGUUUCUGUGGCGCCACUUUCCUCGCACCGUCUGCGUGUUUUCGUCUUUUCCCCCACCGGCUAGAGCGCCGCCCGUCUUUUCCCAGCCACACUACAGUCCGCGGCGCCAGGAAGCUGCGUCCAUCAGACGAGAAAAACCUCCAUGAAACCUCGAGACAGAUACUUGAAGCUAUUUAAACCUUUUUGCAGGACCUUUAUGUCCUUUCUUGCUCUAGCCUUGCCAGUUACAUUGUACAUAACAAAUAUAUUAUCAUUAUGCUAACUGGUUGUUUGUGCUAGAGGAAUAUGUAGCUUUCUUUAUUUCUGAGUUAUCGCUAUCUGUACAUAAGCCCGUUUUGUAAAUACUCAGAGAAACAAAGAAAAAGCUCAGUGUAUGACUUGCCUUGGUUACUGUGUUAUGUUUUUUCUUUUUUUUUAUAAGUCUUAUAAAAACCUAAAGCUCUA